GUAAAGGAGGACAGUUCGAAUGUUCGUGGGAGCAUUGCGGCAAAGUAUACUGUUUUCCUCGGCGUCUACUCCUUCAGUCGGAAAUCAGAUCUUUCUCGACAUUAUCGAAUACAUACCAAAGAGCGACCCUACCAUUGCACUGUCAGAGGCUGCAAAAGAACUUUCAUUCAACGCAGUGCUUUGAAAGUUCAUUCACGGAUUCACACCGGCGAAAAGCCACACGUCUGUUAUCAAGAGGGAUGCCAGAAAGCAUUUGCGGAUGUGAGCCGUUUAGCUCAACCUGCAACUAGAAAUUGUUCGCUGAUCAGUAUACAAUAG